AGGAACCGGGCCGUAUUUCUAACGCGAAAAUUGCUAUGAUAAGUGAUAAUGCGAUGUCUUUGCAUACAAGUAUGUAGUGUUUUUUGUUGGAAAGUGUGCCAAAAAUCGCAAAAGGAUAUUCUUCGAAUCGGGCUGUUUCGUUGCCGUCAAGAAAACUCGAGGAGAAUACCGGUGAACAUUGAUUUUUCCUGCUUUCGCAUCUUACUCGACAGAUGAUCAAACGAAUGUUUCGGAAGGGGGAUAAUAUUGAGGACAGCGAGGGCGGUGGAACUAGACUACGAUAUUUUGACGUGUGAAAUACUAAAGAAUCUUGAGUUGGUGGCAAAGGUUGUGAAACAUAGGAACAGCGACGGGAAUUUAUGGCCGUGUCUGCGAACUCGAGCCUGACUUAACUGUUUUCGACCAAAUCUAACCUGACCUAAGCGCCGCUGACGACGAAGAUACGAAGCAUUGCUGAUCAUCGGCGUGCUGGAAGCACGUUACGUUGCUGGCUAAAGUAACUGCUAUACGUAUCAGCGAGUAUCAAAAGGACGCCAGACAUUGCGUACGCUUUCCCUGUUCGUUCGUCUCCUUGCCACCUCUCUUCCUUCCGUUCCGCCGGUGCAGUUCGUCCACUUCUACGCAGCGAUACACUACUCUAUCCUACAGCAGCGUCGUGUACAGUAAAUAAACGCACAGCAUGCUGGAUACGAGUUCCACGUGCUUUUCGUUCGGUUGAAACUAUUUUCAACAACAAAGCCAUUCAUCUCGAAACAAAGAGAAAGAAAAAAGGGGAAAACGCUGCUAGCGUGAUCUAUAUCGCAGAGGAAGAGAGUAAUAAAAAAGAAUGUCGUAUCUAAUAUUGCGUGCAAAGUUGCCAGCUGCCCGCUGUCGAUAACACGGCGACUUAGUUCGGUGCACUAUUCGCCGCUGCCCUCGGCAACAUUAUUGAACGUAGACGACGUAAUACUUUGCAGCUCUCUUGUGUGUUGCGGUUGUGAAAUUGCCAAGUGGUUGUGAAACAGUGCCGAGCAAAAGAGGAGUUGUACGAAUAUGGUGUAAAAAACAAAAGAAGUUUCAAUUACACAGUUUUAGAGAAUGGAGUUCGAGCUGGACGGAAGUCUAAAGGAAUGGGUAAAGGAUAAACCGCUGAGUAUCCUGCAGCUCGAUCCUGCUGACAGAGCCGUCUUACGGAUUGCCGACGAACGAGACGCGAUCCAAAAGAAAACAUUUACCAAAUGGGUGAACAAGCAUCUGAAAAAGCAUUGGAAGUACGUGAAGACUUACACGUGCCUACACGUGUGCGUCCUUGUGAACAACCAACCAUGCUGUUCCCCCACUGCCAGCAGACAUGUCGGAGAUCUGUUCGAAGACCUGCGGGACGGGCACAACCUCAUUUCCUUGCUGGAGGUACUCUCGGGCGAGCAUCUUCCGCGAGAGAGAGGUCGGAUGCGUUUCCACAUGCUGCAGAACGUACAAAUGGCUCUUGACUUUUUGCGCUACAAGAAGAUCAAGCUCGUUAAUAUUCGUGCUGAAGACAUUGUCGAUGGAAACCCAAAGUUGACUCUAGGUUUGAUAUGGACCAUCAUACUUCACUUCCAGAUAUCCGAUAUUGUAGUGGGUCAGGAAUCGAACGUGACUGCCCGUGAAGCUCUUCUGAGAUGGGCCAGACGAUCGACGGCGCGUUAUCCUGGAGUGCGCGUCACGGACUUUACCGGAUCGUGGAGGGACGGGCUAGCUUUCAGCGCAUUAAUCCAUCGAAACAGACCAGAUCUGGUCGAUUGGAAAGGUGCUCGUGCUAGUCAACCACGAGAGCGGCUCGAUCGGGUCUUCUACGUCGCGGAGCGCGAGUAUGGCGUUACGAGGCUUCUCGAUCCUGAAGAUGUGGACACUCCUGAACCGGAUGAGAAGUCCUUGAUAACGUACAUCUCUUCGCUCUACGACGUGUUCCCGGAGCCGCCAACAAUUCACCCGUUGUACGAUGCCGAGGACCAGAGGCGCUCGGAGGAAUAUAGAGAGCUAGCUAGUUCCCUCCAUAUGUGGAUCCGCGAAAAGAUGUGCCUGAUGCAGGAACGUGUCUUCCCGCCGACCUUGAUAGAAAUGAAAAACUUGGCUGCCGGCAGUACGAAAUUCAAGAAUGAGGAAGUACCGCCCAGAUACAGAGACAAGCAACGACUUUCUUACAUCUUCAGGGAUUUGCAAAAGUACUUCGAAGCGGUCGGUGAGGUGGACAUCGAACCUCACUUACGUAUCGAGGUUAUUGAAGAAAAUUGGAAUAGAUUGAUGAUGCUGCAUCAGGAAAGAGAACAAGCGAUAAUCGACGAAAUUAAACGACUCGAACGACUGCAACGACUAGCAGAGAAAGUGCACAGAGAGAUGAAGGCGACCGACAAUCGAUUGGAGGAGCUCGAGAGACGAGUGGAGGACGAAGCCAGGCGUCUCGAUCGACUUCAUCCUCUGGAAGCGAAACAUGCGGUGGAUCUUUUGGAACAGGAUAUUCGUAACACCGAGGUCCAGAUCCAAAAUAUUUUUCCAGACGUGCAUACACUUACCGAGGGGCGAUACAGUCAGGCGGCCGAACUUCGCAAAAGAGUUCAGAAGCUACAUCAACGGUGGGUCGCCCUGCGAUCUCUUCUUCAUAAACGUUUGGUACAGCCGCUGUCGGCCGUAUCUUUCCCGGUAGAAGAACGCGUCGUUACGAAACACCGUACUACCGUCCAUGAAACCCGAUUGGUCGACACCAAUCCACAUUUCCGUGCGUUACACGACUGCAUCGACUGGUGUAAGGCGAAAAUCAAACAGCUCCAGGAUGCAGACUAUGGCUCCGAUUUACCUAGCGUGCAGAACGAACUGGAGGUUCACCAAAGAGAACACAAGAAUAUCGAGCAGUUCCAUCCUAAAGUGGAGAGAUGUGUGCAGGCUAAGAGCCACUUUCACGCCGAGGAAUUGACAUUGUAUAGCCAACAUCUAACUGUUCUUCAAAAACUUCACACUGAAUUAUUGGCGGCCUCGAAUAAGAGACUUUCCGAUUUGGACACUUUACAUGACUUUAUACAAUCGGCGACUAAUGAACUGGUUUGGCUGAGUUCUAAGGAGGAGACGGAGGUGACACGCGAUUGGAGUGACAAGAAUUUGAAUGUGCAAAGUAUCGAGCAGUAUUACGAGUCCCUUAUGAGCGACCUAGAGAAGCGGGAGAUUCAAUUCUCCGCGGUUCAAGAUCGAGGCGAAGCUCUGGUCCUUCAACAUCAUCCCGCCGCGAAAACCAUCGAAGCUUACAUGUCCGCCAUGCAGAGUCAGUGGACCUGGCUUCUUCAAUUAACUCUUUGUCUAGAAGUUCAUCUGAAACACGCAGCACAGAGUCAGCAAUUUUUCCGGGAUGUUCAACAGGCUGAGCAGUGGAUCUCGAAGAGAGAUGAGUCGCUCAACACCAUUUAUUCCCAAUCAGAAUUCUCCUUGGACGAGGGUGAACGUUUAUUGAAGGGUAUGCAAGAACUACGCGAAGAAUUGAAUAGUUACGGCGAUCAUGUGCAGAAACUGGUUGAUCAAGCGAAGGACGUGGUUCCUAUGAAGCAACGUCGGCAACCCGUGACACGGCCUAUGCAAGUUACGUGUGUCUGCAGCUACAAACAAGUCAAUAUGUCGAUUGAGAAAGGCGAACAGUGUACGUUAUACGACAACUCUGGUAGGAUAAAAUGGCGCGUAAAGAAUCAAGAAGGCGUCGAGUCCCCUGUCCCAGGCGUCUGCUUUGCUCUUCAGCCACCUGACAAGGAAGCUCUCGACGCUGCGGAAAGAUUGCGACGACAAUAUGACCGAAGUGUUGGAUUAUGGCAACGGAAACAGCUUCGAUUACGACAAAACAUGAUUUUCGCGACCAUUAAAGUGGUCAAAGCCUGGGAUCUACCGCAGUUCUUGGCUAUGGGUCAGGAUCAGAGAACUGCUAUAAGAAAAGCCUUGAACGAGGAUGCUGAGAAACUGCUGUCCGAGGGUGACCCUGCUGAUCCACAAUUGAGGCGACUGAAGCGAGAAACGGCCGAAGUGAACAAAUUGUUCGAUGAACUGGAGAAACGUGCCAGGGCGGAGGAAGAGUCAAAGAACGCAGGACGUAUUUUCAACGAACAGAUUUCUGCCAUUCAAGAAGCAUUAGACGAAGCAGAGAGAGUUCUGAACACUCGCAUAGCUGCGCCAUUGCCGAGAGACAUCGACAGUUUAGAACAUCUGGUUCUGCAACACAAAGAUUUUGAGCAAAGUCUCAAACGUCAAACGCCAGAUCUAGAUAAAGUUCAGCAAACUUUCCGUGGUAUUACUUUGAAGACUCCAGCCAUGAGAAACAAGCUCGACGCUGUUACCACCAAAUGGACAAAUAUUUGGAACUCGAGCAAUCUGUAUAUCGAGCGGCUAAAGUGUGUUGAGAUCGUGCUUUCUAGUCUUGAGGAGAACACAACCUCGGUAUCCGAAUUGGAAGUGAAAUUGGCAUCGUUUGACGAGCUGCCACCGGAUCUGAAGGGAUUACAGAAUGUACUAGAAGAUCUGAUGGUGCUUCAAAAUGCCAUCUCUCAACAGCAAGCUGCAAUGGAUAAACUGAACGAAGAUACGCAGAACGCAAGACAUGUUGUUGAAAAGUCGAGGCCAAGUCAUCGUGGCUCUCAUUCUGAUAUGGAUCGCUUAGACGAUGAAGUGAACAAACUAAACUCCAGAUGGACCAAUCUCUGUGCUCAGUUGGUUGAAAGAGUUCGCAGCGCGGAAGCAGCCUAUGGCUUAGCUCAACAGUUAGAACAUGCCUACCGUAACGAGGUCGAUUUCAUUGACGAAUCGUACGGAAAACUCGAGGUGGAGAAUGCGAAGAAUCUAUUAAACAAGGUGGUAGAACGAGCGCCGGCGAUCGAAGCAGUAAAUGUGACGGGCAGUCGAUUGAUUCGUGAAGGGAAGAUCUACGGACAAAGGCUUCGAGCGUUCACGGAACAGCUGGAAGAUAUCUGCCCGUCUUUGGAUGCUUCGGUGAAAAAACCGCGACGAGAGUUCGUCUCAACGGUUGACGACGUCGCUCGUGAUCUAGAUACUCUGAACAAGAGGUACACCACGCUCGUGGAUCUCCUUCAGGAACGGGUUACACAGCUGGCAGCGCAACAAACUGAGGAGACAUCUCAACAGUUCCAGGAGGCUCUGGAGGGUCUCCAGAAAUGGCUGACGGACACAGAGGAAAUGGUAUCCAACCAGAAAUCACCAUCGUCGGAUUACAACGUAGUCAAGGCGCAAUUACAAGAGCAAAAAUUCCUGAAGAAGAUGCUAAUGGACCAACAAAAUUCAAUGUCCUCCUCGUACAACAUGGGCCAAGAAGUCGCGGCUGAGGCGGAGCCUAAGGAGCGGAAGAAGAUCGAGAAACAACUGAAAGAUUUGAUGGCAAGAUUUGAUAAUCUUACGGAAAGCGCUGCUAAAAGAAUGGAAGCACUGGAACAAGCGAUGGGAGUAGCGAAACAGUUCCAGGAUAAACUGAUACCACUUCAAACUUGGCUGGACAAGACCGAAAAACGCGUGAGAGAUAUGGAGUUGGUUCCAACGGACGAGGAAAAAAUCCAGCAACGCGUUACCGAACACGAUGGCCUCCACGAGGAUAUUCUGUCAAAGAAACCUGAAUUCAGUGAACUUACAGAGGUUGCUAGUCAACUAAUGUCUCUGGUAGGCGAAGAUGAAGCCGCUGCUUUGGCUGACAAACUUCAGGAUGCGGCUGAUAGAUACGCUGCAUUGGUCGAACGAUCGGAAUCUCUUGGUAACUUGCUUCAACGUUCGAGACAGGGUUUACGUCAUCUGGUACUCAGCUAUCAAGAACUUCAGGCUUGGAUGGAGGGUAUGGAAAUCAGAUUGUCGAAAUAUAGAGUGCUGGCAGUGCAUACGGAGAAGCUUCUUCAACAAAUGGAAGACCUAGCUGACUUGACCGAAGAGGUUUCGACUCGACAGACGGAAGUAGACAGUACCACCGAUACUGGAUUGGAAUUAAUGAAACACAUCUCGAGCGACGAGGCACUUCAAUUGAAAGAUAAACUCGAUUCCUUGCAACGGCGAUUUAAUGAUUUGGUUAGUCGAGGUUCCGACUUGCUGAAGCACGCGCAAGAGUCUCUUCCAUUGGUGCAACAAUUCCAUGAUAAUCAUAAUCGUUUAAUGGAUUGGAUGCAGGCUGCAGAAUCGGCUCUGCAAGCAGCCGAACCUCGCGAGGAUGAAAUUAUUAGAUUAGAAAUGGAGAUAUCGGAAUAUAGACCAGUUCUAGACAAGAUCAACGCCGUUGGACCGCAGUUGUCUCAGUUAUCUCCGGGUGAAGGGGCGGCGACUAUCGAAGCUCUAGUCACCAGAGACAACAGGAGAUUCGCCGCCAUUGCCGAGCAGAUUCAACGAAAGGCCGAGAGGCUUCAGCUGAGUAAGCAACGUUCGCUGGAAGUGAUUGGUGAUAUCGACGAUUUACUAGAAUGGUUCCAUGAAGUGGAUAAUCAAUUAAGAGAAGCAGAACCACCGAGCAGCGAACCGGAAAUCAUCAGGGUACAAUUGAAGGAGCAUAAAGCCUUGAACGACGACAUAUCCAGUCAGAAAGGACGUGUUAGGGAUGUGAUAUCCACGGCAAAGAAGGUGAUCCGUGAAAAUGGUCAAUACGAGGACAAAUCUACGAUCAGAGAAAAUAUGGAGGACUUACGAGAAACCAUGGAAAUCGUCUCCGGUCUUUCAAUGGAUAGACUCGGUGCUCUGGAACAAGCUUUGCCAUUGGCUGAACAUUUACGCGACACUCACAUUGAUUUAGUCAGCUGGUUAGAGGAGGCUGAACAACAAGUCGCAAUGCUUCCUAUGCCUGCUUUAAGACCCGAUUUAAUAGCCGCCCAACAGGACAAGAACGAGUUCCUCGUGCAGAGCAUCAACGAACACAAACCUUUGGUCGAGAAGCUGAACAAAACUGGUGAAGCAUUGUUGAAGCUGUGCAACGAAGAAGAAGGUAUCAAGAUACAGGACAUAUUGGAAGCAGACACCACUCGAUAUGCAGCCCUCAGAGCAGAACUUCGUGGUCGACAGCAGACUCUCGAACAGGCACUUCAGGAAUCUUCUCAGUUCUCUGAUAAGCUAGAAGGAAUGCUGCGUGCUCUCUCAUCAACUGCCGAUCAAGUAAAUGGCGCCGAACCGAUCAGCGCUCAUCCUGGUCGGUUAAGAGAUCAGAUGGAAGAGAAUUCCGCUCUGGUCGACGAAUUGGCUCAAAGAUCCGAGGCCUAUGCGGCUGUGAGAAGGGCCGCCGAUGACGUGAUCAGCAAGGCAGGUAACAGAGCUGAUCCAGCCGUAAAGGACAUCAAACGGAAGCUGGACAAAUUGAACAAAUUAUGGAGCGAUGUGCAAAAGUCGACGACCGACAGAGGUCAAACGUUAGACGAAGCUUUGGCGAUCGCCGAAAAAUUCUGGUCCGAGUUGAAUGGCGUGAUGUCGACCCUGCGAGAGCUUCAGGAUGCUCUUGCUGGUCAGGCGCCACCAGCAGCUCAACCUGCUGCCAUCCAACAGCAACAGGUUGCCUUGCAGGAGAUUAGGCACGAAAUCGACCAAACGAAACCAGAUGUCGAGCAAGUACGAGCUUCUGGUCACGAGUUGAUGGGUCUUUGCGGUGAGCCAGACAAACCAGAUGUUAGAAAGCAUAUCGAAGAUUUGGAUCAAGCCUGGGAUAAUGUGACUGCCCUAUAUGCUAGAAGAGAGGAAAAUCUGAUCGAUGCUAUGGAGAAGGCCAUGGAGUUCCACGAAACCUUGCAAAAUCUUUUGGAGUUCCUACAAGAAGCCGAGGACAAGUUCUCCAGUAUGGGACUGCUAGGAAGCGACAUCGACGAAGUUAAAAGACAAAUUAAACAAUUGGCCAAUUUCAAAGCCGAAGUAGAUCCUCACAUGGUCAAGGUCGAAGCUCUAAACAGGAGUCUGAUAAGACAAGCUGCCGAACUGACAGAGAGAACGUCCUCGGAACAAGCUGCAGCCAUCAAAGAACCGCUUGGUGCCGUUAACAGACGGUGGGACGGACUGCUUCGAGGCCUCGUGGAGAGGCAAAGGCUCUUAGAGAACGCGUUACUACGUCUAGGGCAAUUCCAGCACGCUCUAGACGAGUUGCUGGUAUGGAUCGAGAAGACGGACGACACUUUGGACAACUUGAAGGCCGUGGCCGGCGAUCCUCAAGUGAUUGAAGUGGAAUUAGCUAAACUGAAAGUACUUGUGAAUGAUAUUCAAGCCCAUCAGACCAGCGUGGACACCCUGAACGACGCUGGAAGACAGUUAAUAGAGGAUGGAAAGGGAACAGCCGAAGCUUCGACGACUGCUGAGAAAUUAGGUACUUUGAAUCGUCGUUGGCGCGAUUUGUUGCAACGUGCUGCUGAUCGUCAACGAGAACUGGAAGAUGCGCUUAGAGAAGCACAAACCUUCACGGCAGAGAUACAGGACCUUUUGUCUUGGCUGGGUGAUGUGGACAAUACCAUAGUAGCUUCGAAACCUGUUGGAGGAUUGCCGGAAACGGCUUCAGAACAGUUAGAACGCUUUAUGGAAGUGUACAAUGAAUUGGAACAAAAUCGUUUGAAAGUCGAAUCGGUUCUUCAACAAGGACAAGCAUAUUUGAAGCGUGCCGAUUCUACUAGUGCCGGUGGUCUGAAUCACAACUUGAGGACUUUGAAACAACGAUGGGAUAAUGUGACUGCUCGCGCAAGUGAUAAAAAGAUCAAGCUCGAGAUCGCUCUGAAAGAGGCUACAGAGUUCCACGAUGCACUCCAAUCGUUUGUCGAUUGGUUAACCAACGCGGAGAAGAUUCUGACGAAUCUGAAACCUGUGUCGAGGGUAAUGGAAACUAUCCUCGGACAGAUAGAGGAACACAAAGCGUUUCAGAAGGACGUUGGAGUUCAUCGUGAGACUAUGCUGAACCUCGAUAAGAAGGGCACGCAUUUGAAAUACUUUUCACAGAAACAGGACGUGAUACUAAUCAAAAACUUGUUGAUAAGUGUGCAACACAGAUGGGAAAGAGUAGUUUCGAAGUCUGCAGAGAGAACCAGGGCUCUUGAUCACGGAUACAAAGAGGCCAGAGAAUUCCACGAUGCUUGGUCCAAUAUAAUGAAUUGGCUCGACGAAACGGAGAAGACUUUGGACGAGGUUGCCAGUGAUGGCGCCCUUGGAGGAAAUGAUCCAGAGAAGAUCAAGGCUAGAUUGAAUAAGCACCGUGAAUUGCAGAAAGCACUCAGCGCCAAACAGGGUACCUAUGACGCAACUAUGAAGAGUGGAAAAUCAUUAAAAGACAAAGCGCCUAAGAGCGACGAAUUUGCUCUGAAAGAACUUUUGAAUGAGUUGAAGAACAAGUGGACCACUGUUUGUGGUAAGUGUGUGGAUAGACAGAGGAAACUCGAGGAAGCAUUGUUGUUCUCGGGACAAUUCAAAGACGCUAUUCAGGCGUUGCUGGAAUGGCUUAGUAAGUCUGAGAAGCAGCUGGCGGACACCGGUCCACUUUAUGGCGACCUUGACACUGUAAUGAAUUUGGUUGAACAACAUAAGACCUUUGAGAAGGAUCUCGAAUCCAGAGUCUCUCAGAUGGAAUCUGUAAUCAAAACGGGUCGCGAGCUUCUUGCUAAGGCGACACCUGAUGAUGCAUCUGCUAUAGGAUCACAGCUUGCUGAAAUAAAUAAUCUUUGGGACACGGUAACUAAGUUGUCCUCUGACAAGACUGAACGACUCCAAGAAGCCCUCAGAGAGGCUGAACGCCUUCACAAGGCAGUUCACAUACUUCUGGAGUGGCUGAGUGAUGCUGAGAUGAAGCUGAGAUUCGCUGGACAGUUGCCGGAAGACGAACAGGAGAGCAGGAAUCAGUUGAUGGAACACGAAAAGUUCUUGCGUGAAUUAAGCACCAAGGAAAUUGAAAAAGAUCAAACUUUGGAGCUGGCUCACAUGAUUCUUGCAAAGGCACACCCUGAUGGAGCUUUGGUUAUCAAACACUGGAUAACAAUCAUUCAGUCCAGAUGGGAGGAGGUUUCCACUUGGGCCCAACAAAGGAAUCAAAGAUUGGAGAAUCAUAUGCGAGGACUUCAGGACCUCGACAAUCUUCUGGAAGAACUACUGUCAUGGUUAGAAGGUUUGGAGAACACUCUCAAUGCUCUUGAAGCUGAGCCUCUACCAGACGAUAAAGCUACUUUAGAAAUGCUGAUUGUGGAUCACAGAGAAUUUAUGGAGAACACCAGUCGAAGACAGAACGAAGUUGAUCGUGUGUGCAAAGCCAGACAGAUCAAAUCUGCGAAAGAUACGAUGAAGAUAGCGAAGGCUAAGUCACCUGCCCCAACCCGAGCCAGCCCAGGCCGUGAGAGAACGCCCGAUUCGUUGCCGCACAUCGGCCCACGGUUCCCACCCAAAGGAAGCAAAGGUGCCGAACCGGAGUUCCGUAGUCCGAGAGUAAAACUGCUGUGGGACAGGUGGAGACACGUUUGGAUGUUGGCGUGGGAACGUCAACGUCGUUUACAGGAUAAGUAUAAUUAUAUCCAAGAACUGGAUCGUGUCGCAAACUUCAGCUGGGAGGAUUGGCGUAAGAGAUUCCUGAAAUUCAUGAACCACAAAAAGUCAAGAUUAACAGAUCUCUUCAGGAAAAUGGAUAAGAACAACGACGGACUGAUUCCACGCGAGGACUUCAUUCAAGGAAUCAUGAACACCAAAUUCGAGACUUCACGGUUAGAAAUGGGAGCGGUCGCAGAUUUGUUCGAUCGCCAUGGUGAAGGAUUGAUAGAUUGGAAGGAAUUCAUCGCGGCUCUAAGACCAGACUGGGAGGAACGCAGAACGUAUAACGAUACUGACAAGAUUCACGAUGAAGUAAAACGAUUGGUGAUGCUUUGUACUUGUCGCCAGAAAUUCCGUGUAUUCCAAGUUGGCGAAGGAAAAUAUAGGUUUGGAGACAGUCAAAAGUUGCGGUUGGUACGGAUUCUACGAUCGACUGUGAUGGUACGAGUCGGCGGUGGAUGGGUAGCAUUGGACGAAUUUCUAUUAAAAAAUGACCCUUGCCGCGCAAAGGGAAGAACGAAUAUCGAGCUGCGAGAACAAUUCAUAUUGGCGGAUGGCGUCAGCCAGACAAUGACGGCGUUCAGAUCGAAACCGAGCCCAACCUCGACGCUGCAGCGUACGCCAAUCUCAUCCGCGAAUGCCGGACCUAUCACCAAGGUGAGGGAACGCAGCGCUCGCAGCGUUCCUAUGGGACAAUCGCGAGCAUCGCGCUCUUCGUUGAGCGCCGGAACGCCAGACAGCCUAAGCGACAACGAGAGCUCCUUCAAGCUUGGCUCCGCCAGAAAAACAAGUACACCCUACAGAAGCUCUAUGACACCGGGCGGUAGUCGACCAUCCAGUAGGCCAACUUCGAGACCAACGUCCAGACCAACCAGUAGACCCGGAAGUAGGCCCGCAUCCAGGCAAGGAAGCAAACCACCGAGUCGCUAUGGUUCCACACAGUCGUUAGAUAGCACUGAUGAUUCGACCAAUGUGAGCCGCAUUCCACGCAGAACGGCAGUGAGCACGACAGGGAAUACUCCCACUUCUAGCAGACACAAUAGCGUGUCAGGAAAGCGCUUAUCGGUGAACGGUUCGAGUUCACGACCUCGAACGCCCACCGGCCUGGUUAGUCCUGCCAGUGGUGUUCCAGCGAGGUUUGGCACGAUCCAUAGAGCUUCGAGCAUUCCAACCCUGACUGGUGUCGGCACACCGAUCAGCCGUUCGAGGAUCCCCGUAUAUGUGGGCACGGAUAUAAAAUCCCCACAAUCGACGACCAGCAAUAUUUCUACUCAUUCUACGCAAAGCAACUACUCGACGGUUUCUACCGAUUCUACCGGGAGCAGCUCGAUGUGUACAAAUUCAGCAACUAACACCUCGUCGGCCGUUAAGCGAGCUAGAACAAGGACACCGUCCAGUGGAUCGAGCACGCCACUGCCGCCUUCGUUGAAGCUAUCCAGGAAACCUUCUGGAGCAUCGGAUACGUCCGUAUCGACCACACCGGCCACUAAACGAAAGGGCAAACCAACGCCGAUCGACCAACGGGCGCCAUUCCGAUUGUAGUCAGCAGAUAUCAUCGUAGUUACUGAAAGGUCAAACAUUUCUGAAAAGCUGCGAUCGUCGGCGAUCGAAACGAGGACACGUCGACGCUUAGGAUAUUCUAAUAUAUAGUAAGAAUAGAUUCGAAUGCGCAAGGCCGUUACCCGAGAGAGUUACUCGUGUCGUUGCUAGCUUUCGCUGCUUCGGAUAAUUAACGCCAAUAUUCUUCUCGGGGACGUCCGAAUCGAGUGAAAGAGCUUAAUAUUAUUGAAAUAUUUUGUAAAAAAAAAGAAAGAGAAACGAAAUGCAUAGAAACAUGAGGAGAUGAUAGAAUGGACGCGGUUACAAAGCGAUCCAAGGAGAAACAAAAUUAUUGCGGAAGUGGACGUCGGUUGUACGUAAGGAGGACGAUACGUACGAGUUAGACAUAAGUUCCGCGACCGAGCGUACCAAUUAACUCUUUCGUAAUAAAUUUUCUUUACCGCGAAUAGCGAUAACGAUCAUUAUUAAUGUAAAUGUAAUUUUACGUUAUCCAUAGGACUAGGUUUUUACCGGUCGAGUAACACUGAUGAUUAACAUUUCAUGUUUCGAGAAGUAAAAACCGUUGCCGCAAUGUAUGCGUAUUCAAGAAUUACAGAAUUCGACGAUACGAUGUACGCCAGGUCCCGCGUCGCUGACUUGAUCGAUUCGGUCAAUCUUUUUCGUUGUUUCGUUUACUUUCGAUCGUCGUGUUUUUAUUUCUUUUACAAUCGUUUUCUCUCUGUCUCUCGUUUACUGAUGGGGAAAGGGCCCUACGGAAAGAGCAACACGAAACCGAAAGGAUAUCAACAGGAAAAUAGUAGGCGCGCUGUAUAUGUACAUAUUGCUCGAUUCUCCGGGUCGGUGUCGCACCGGGAACCACUCCGCGAAUAAGACAAUUUCCUAAAAAAGAAAAGACACAAAUUACGCUACACGCAACGAUUGCCUUAGGUCUAUCGCCGUAAACCGCUUCUGCGCGAAUCGUACCUGCCUACCGAAGUGAACCGACGCACGGAUGAACCGGACGGGCCCUUAGAAAUGUCGGCCAAGCGAACAGAGAACGCGUUUAAUAUCGAAAUCGUAGCCGCUUCGUCCAAGAUGAAAGAGGAAUAAAGAAAAGAUAAACGGCAAAUGCCCGCUUUAUACCUAUCGGGCUUUACAAACGAUGUAUCUAUUUUGCGAAAGGCAUUUCCGAGCGUUUUCCCCCUCUUUUUCUUCCCCCUUUUUUUUUACGUUUUAGAAUGCGAUAAUUAACGCGCGAGAUAGCACGAUUCGUACGAUGAUGCGAUUAAUCUAUUAACUAUUCUUAAAUGUUAAUCUCUGUUUUCGCUUUACUUGAAGGUUCUGUAUCGUCGCUACUAAUUGCAGUGGAAAAAAUAUACGCAAACGCACACGCAUUUGACACCAAAAAAAAAAAAAAAAACUGAUGAAACUGAGAAAAUCAAUACGAAAAACUUCCCUCGUAUCCUUUCAUCGAGUUGAACAGAAGAAAAAAAUCAACUCAUGUAAAAAGUAUCGUUUAUUAGAAUUACUCCGAUUUCUUCAUUCGCGGAACAAUCGUAUUUAUAAAUUAGACGCAAACUUAACCAGUCUAUAUACAAUAUAACAAAUUUAUGCCAACGAA